CCCACCCCGCACACCGCACUUGCACUGCACUGAGCUGAGCGAGCGGCAAGCGGGGCGAUCCACCGAGCCACCGACGAUUCAAGCCACGGCCACUGCCACCACAAUUGACGCUUGGAUCAUCUCACCUUGGCUUUGUACACCCCCCUCCCCGUCUGUGGCCGCCCAUUCCCCCCUCUGCCUCCAACGCGCCAGCCAGCACAACCCCGCCCCGUGUAACAUCCCAUCCCUACUUGCUCUUUACUUUCCAUCUACCGACCUACUGCUACUGCACACACAUCGCAAACGCGUAGUAGCCCAUCGUCACCGCUGCUUGUCAAGACACGCGCCGCCGGAUAAGCGUCACGUCACUCAACCUACACCCCAACCACCUACACCACCCCCCUUCCUUCUCGCCGCUAACCCUCCACGGCGUCUCGUCGACCCGUCUGUCGCCAUGACCUCUCCGGCAACUCAGCGGGCAAAUGCCAUCGCUGCAAUCACCAACAAGUCCAACAUUCCCAUCCCAGAGAUCGACUUUACCCAGCACACGCUCGAGAAUGGCGAGAUUGUCAGCACGACCGAGCGCGUGGUCAAGGACGUUCAAGCGCCGGCCAUGUAUGUGCCGACAGACGAGCAGUUCUGGUCCAAGCAGGACCCCACAAAGCCCGACAUUGCCUUCCUCAAGAACCACUUCUAUCGCGAGGGACGCUUGUCCGAGGAGCAAGCCCUCUACAUUCUCGAGAAGGGAGGCGAGAUUCUGAGGUCGGAACCCAACCUGCUCGAGGUCGAUGCACCGAUCACUGUUUGUGGUGACAUUCACGGCCAAUACUAUGACCUCAUGAAGCUGUUCGAGGUCGGUGGCAACCCUGCCGACACUCGUUACCUCUUCCUCGGCGACUAUGUCGACCGUGGCUACUUCUCGAUCGAGUGUGUCCUCUACCUCUGGUCGCUCAAGAUGUGGUACCCCGACACCCUCUUCCUACUGCGCGGUAACCACGAGUGCCGUCACUUGACCGACUACUUCACGUUCAAGCUCGAGUGCAAGCACAAGUACUCGGAGACUGUGUACAACGCUUGCAUGGACACGUUCUGCAACCUUCCCCUUGCCGCUGUCAUGAACAGGCAGUUCCUCUGCAUCCACGGUGGUCUCUCGCCCGAGCUCCACACCUUGGACGACCUCAGAUCCAUCAACCGUUUCCGUGAGCCCCCCACCCACGGCUUGAUGUGCGACAUCCUCUGGGCCGACCCAUUGGAAGACUUUGGCAAUGAGAAGAACCCGACCGAGAACUUUGUUCACAAUCAUGUUCGUGGUUGCUCGUACUUCUUCACCUACAACGCGGCGUGCCAGUUCCUGGAGCGCAACAACCUGCUGUCCAUCAUCCGUGCCCACGAGGCCCAGGACGCUGGAUACCGCAUGUACAAGAAGACCAAGACUACCGGCUUCCCCUCGGUCAUGACCAUCUUCUCGGCGCCCAACUACCUCGACGUGUACUCAAACAAGGCCGCCGUUCUGAAGUACGAGGCCAAUGUCAUGAACAUUCGCCAGUUCAACUGCACGCCCCACCCCUACUGGCUCCCCAACUUUAUGGACGUCUUCACCUGGUCUCUUCCUUUCGUCGGCGAGAAGAUCACGGACAUGCUCAUUGCCAUUCUCAACUGCUGCACCAAGGAGGAGCUCGAGGAAGAGGAGGAGGAGGAGACGCCGAUGAUCACGCCAGACGAGCCAGAGACGGGCGAGGAGGGAGACAUGUCGGCCGAGAGGAGACAGGUUAUCAAGAACAAGAUUCUUGCCGUUGGUCGCAUGUCGCGAGUGUUCUCGUUGCUUCGUGAGGAGUCUGAACGCGUGUCAGAGCUCAAGAGCAUCACCGGCUCGGCCAACCUGCCUCAGGGUGCUCUUGCCAACGGCGCCGAGGGCAUCAAGGAGGCCAUCCAGGGCUUUGACGACGCGCGUAAGAGUGAUAUCGAGAACGAGCGUCUUCCUCCGGACAUCAUCGACCCCGACGAGGACAAGCCGGCGUCGCCUUCGCCUUCGGUGCCAACGUCACCAGCUGCGCACACUGGAUCUCCUGUCGCCGACAAGACUGGUGCCGUCUUACCGCCUCUCAACACCAACGUGUCGGCAAGCGAUAUUGUGUCGCCCGUGUCGCCUGCGACGCCAGGAGGAGCGUCGUGGCGCCGUGGCCACGCUCGUCAGGCCUCGCUCGGCACAACCCGCACGUCACCCUCGACCCGUCGCCGUUCGCUCGAGAACACGAUGGAGCUCAUCCGUGACGUUGUCGGCGGCCGCGACGCCAAUGCCGACUCGAACGUGCGCGAGCUUGCUGAGGUCAUCUCGAGCCCGUCGCGAACCCGGCCCGAGAACUCGAUUGCCUAGGUGAUGAACACUUUUAUUCUAUACUGUAGUUUGAAAUCAUUGACAACAAACCCCACCCCAACCCAUCCUACGGCGCCGCGACGAACCCGAUACCAAAGGCCGUUCUCUGCCUAGCAAUUGUAGAUACCAGCAGCCGUAGAGCGCCUUGCAAACCCAAAACAGAUACCCACAACGGUAUGUAUGUCAUGGC